AUGGCGUCCGCAUGCUUGUCGUCCAUCGCAGGAGCUUUCCUUUCUCCAUUCCAUCAAGUGGUUCUUGAUAAACUUGUUGGCUAUCUUGUUGAUUAUCUAUCCAAAGAUGUACCUUCAUCAUCUAAAGAUCCCAACGAACUUCAACUUCUUGUCCAAAACCAACUGAAAGCCUUGGAAAAUUCCAGGGAAAAGAUCAAAGGAACUCUACGUGUAGCUAAGAAGCUCCAGAAGCAAGAUGAGAGUGUGGCCCAUUUCUUGAGAGAACUUAGAGAUGUUGUUUAUGCUGCACAAGACUUAGAAGAUGACUUGGAGUACAUAGAGCUUCACAAGAAGUUCAACAAGCAGCUGCCUGAAGCUUCAACUCAAUCUUCACCCAAAAAGCCCAGGAUUUCAUCCUCUCAGCAAUUUGAGCUUUCACUAGAUAACAUCUUGAACAAUGUUAGGAACAUUACUGAACAACUAAAUUGCAUUGAUUCUGGUCUGAAGGAUGCUAUUAAAAUGGCUAUGCUUUUCAAGGAACUAGAUAAGCAUGUGGAAAAUAGUUUAGGGGUGCAGCAUCAUAUAAUUCAGAAGAGGCAUGUCACUUCAUCAUCUAUGAAUGCAAGGAAAAUAUAUGGCCGUGAGAAAGAGAAAGCACAAAUGAUAAGGAUGAUGAAAGAGCCACCAAGCAUCAAUAGCAAUGUGUCUGUUCUCCCAUUACUUGGCCUUGGUGGAAUUGGCAAGACCACUCUGGCUCAGUAUUUGUUCAAUCACCAAGAAGUUGAAAAUACUUUUCAUGAGAAGGCUUGGAUCUGUGUCUCACAUAACUUUGAUCGGAUCAGAAUUACUAGAGAGAUAGUAGAUUCACUUUCUGAUCAUAAAGGGCGCAAAUUCCUGCAUAGCACAAAUUUGGAUUGUCUAGAGAGAGAGCUCAAGAACAAGUUAACUGGGAAGAGGUUCUUGCUUGUGUUGGAUGAUGUGUGGUCUGGUGAAUGGACACAACUACUCUUUCCUUUUGAAUCUGCUGCAAUAGAAUGUGUGAAAAUUGUUGUUACUGCAAGAGAUAAAAUUGUGUUGCAAGGGAAGGGGAAGAGAAAUGAAAUAAUUCUCAAAGGUAUAGAUGAAAAUGACUACUGGUCCUUCUUUGUGAGUUGUGCAUUUGGUGAUGAAGAUCCUGCUAAAUAUCCUCCAAGAUUGCAUGAUAUCGGAAAGCAAAUUGUUCAAAAGCUCAAAGGAUCACCUCUUGCAGCAAAAACAGUCGGACAAGUGUUAUGGCGCAAGUUGAAUGUGAAGCACUGGAUGUACGUCUUGAAGAGCAAUCUAUGGGAGUUAGGAACUGAUGUGAAUGACAUCAUGCCGGCAUUAUCAUUGAGCUACUAUCAUCUACCGGAGCAUCUCCAAUUGUGCUUUUGCUUUUGUUCUGUGUUCCCUAAAGGUUAUGAGUUUAAUGCUAACAGUAUAGUCAGUAUGUGGAUAGCUCAUGGUUUUGUCUUUGAAGCUGAACUUAGUUCAAAGACAGCAGAAGACGUAGGACAUGAGUAUGUUACUGAACUGUUGUGUAGAUCCUUCUUUGAAUAUGGUUCUUCAAAAGAAUGCUUGAAAAUACAUGACCUACUGCAUGAUUUGGCACAUUCAGUUUCUUUAGGUGAGUGUUGCAUUUAUGAAGGUCAAACGCCGACGAGGAUCCCUGAAAGUGCUCGCCACUUGUGCGUUCAAAGUUCAGUUAAUCUUAGCUCAAUAUGUGAAUUGAAAAACUUGCGAACACUUGUGAUAUUUAGAGGAGAAUUGCAGGCUCAUGAGCUUGAAGCAUUAAAAAACAUCCGCGUGUUGGUAUUGCUUGAUUCUGAAGUGAAAGAGAUCUCACCUUCUCUCGGUCAUCUUAAGCACCUGCGCUACCUGGAUUUAUGUCAAACUAGAAUCAAAUUACUACCUGAAUCUUUGUGCUUAUUGUAUCAGCUGAAAGUGUUGAAACUAAAAAAGUUAGAGACAUUACCAAGCCAAUUGGGCAACCUCAUAAACCUUCAAUUUUUCGUAGUAAAUGGCCAAAGAGGGCUUCCUUUCAGGGGACCUUGGGAGCUAGUAUUCCCUGUGAAAAAGGAAACAGGUUACAAGAUAGCACAAUUGAAGAGUAUGAAGGAAUUAAGAGGAACACUUGCAUUAAGAAAGCUUGAGAACAUCCAAUGUGAAGAGGAUGCGAGAGAAGCCAAUCUGAAGGAAAAAUGUCAUCUUAAGGGGCUAUGCUUAUUCUGGUCUGAUGCUUUUAACAACUCUCAUAUUGUGGAAAAAAUUCUUGAUUCUCUGCAACCUCAUCCCAAUUUAAAAAAUCUCUACAUAGUUGAGUACAUGGGUUCAAGAACUCCGAGUUGGUUCACAGCAUACUCAAUGCAGAAUCUCGAAAAAAUCGGGUUGCAUAGCUGUGUAAAUUGGAAACUUCUUCCAACACUUGGACAGUUACCUUUCCUCAAGACUCUGUCAUUAGAAGACAUGAAUGCGACAAUUGAGAGCAUUGAAGGCUUGAAUGUGCUGUUUCCAUCUCUAGAAAUCCUAGAAUUGGAGAAAGCAUCUAUAUCUUUUGAUGGCAUGUUAGUGACUAGACAAGAGUGCCGAUACUUUCCUCGUCUUCGCGACCUCAGUAUUACUAGUUGUGAUAUUGUGUGCGGUUUGCCUUGGGCUUUGCUUUCUGUGUUAGAAGAGCUAAAAAUAUAUUUCAGUCCUGGACUUGAUAGCCAACUUCCUGGAUGCCUCCAAGGCCUCAUAUCUCUCACCAAACUGGUGAUACGUGAGGCCAAAAUGGAGUCACUUCCUGAUGGAGUGAUGAACAACUUGAAAGCACUCAAGAUUCUUGAUAUUUCUCUUUGUGAUGAGCUCACUUCAGUAGCUUUACAGGCUCUUUCUUCCUUGGAGUACCUUAAAAUUUCUGGUUGUUCUAAAUUUGUUUAUUGGCAGUCUGGCAUGCAAGAAGAUGAAGCAAUACUGCCAAAACUGCAUCAGAUGCAUGUAGAAUAUUGUCAAAAUUUGGAAUGUCUACCUACUUGGCUACCUUCUGUUACUUCUUUAGAGAUUUUAAGUAUUGACACUUGUCCAUUAUUUAAGUCACUGCCGGAGGGUGGUUUACCUUCUUCUCUGAGAAAAUUGUGCAUCUUAGCCUGUGACAGGGCGUUGAUAGAUCGGUGCCAAGAAGUGGGCUCUCAGGAAUGGCUCAAGAUCAAGCACAUUGGUGACCAAAAAUUAUCUGCGUUCAGCUUAUGAAUUUCUUUUUG